GAUUAUGCAAUUCUUGGACACAAGAAUGGCGUAUAUAAGCUUGAGGAAGGAUUGGAGUAAGUAGAAAGCCAGCAAGUCUCAGCAGGCCAAGUGUUUCAUUGAAUCAGUCCAGCAAAUCAAAAAUAUGUACGCGAAAAUCGCCCUUCUCGCCUUGUCGGUUGUUGCUGUAGUUGCCGUUCCUACCCCGGGAGGCGGUGGACACAAACACGUAACCAUCCACGUACCAUACAAGAUUCACACCAUUCACCAUCAUCACGUUUCCAAAGUCCAUGUGCCUGUGCACGUGCCCGUUGUUAAGGAGGUGCCUGUGAUUAAAGAGGUGCCUGUUAUCAAGCACGUGCCUGUGCCUGUCAUUCAGCACAUUCCUGUGCCUGUGAUCAAGAAGGUGGAGGUAGAGAAGCAAGUGUUUGUGCCCAUCCAUCAUCACCAGGAGGAGCAUCAUCACGGAUGGGAGAGCGAGUCGCUGUCGCACGGCUGGCACUGAUUUAUAACCUUACAUAAUUUAGCAAUAAGUACAAUUUAAGUAGAAAAAACGUUCUUGGAAGAUGUUAGUUUGUUUGUUUACAAGUUUAUUUUGAUACUCUUUGUUCUGUGAAUCGUGUUCAAAUUAUAAUAUAACCAUUUUAAAAUUAGCUAGUCAAAGUACUGCAAAAAAUUAUUAAGAUUUC